AUGUAUGGUGGAAAUGCAAACAAUGUUACCAUUCAGCAGCAACCUGUAUCUCAACUAGGACCACCGCCAUCAAGAGUAUAUUUUGUAGAUUACAAUACAAAAACUAUUACGUGGAAUGAUCCUCGAUUAUCUAUUAGCAAUAAAAUUACUGCGCAGCAAAAAAUCAGUCAUGAGAACACCUUGAUUGAAUCAUAUCAUCCAUUAUUAUUCCAGUUACUUAUUGGAGAUAUCGCUGAAAUUGAUGUCAACGAUUGGAAGAAACAUACCGAUUACCGAGAAUAUGCAGAAUCAGAUAAGAUUAUAUAUACGUAUGAUCGUGGGACGGCAAAAAGAAAUUACAUCUAUUGCAAUUCACUACAGGAACAUCUCGCAUUUCCAUUAACAGGUUCAAAAACUUACAGAGAAGUGAUGAACUUCGUUGAUUCUCAAUUGAAAAAGCAGUAG